UUUAGAUUGAAGAACAUCCAGGGAGUUAGAACCACUACACAGAUCCAGAACAACAUUGUGUGACACAGUUAUGCCUUUUCAGCAGCUACUAUGCAUGCGCCAACAGAAGAGGAAGCGACAGCAAUGGUGGCCCUUGAAGACAAAAAGCUUCGCAGAGCCCAAUAAGCUUAGCCAACAGAACUAUCACAGUUUGCUGGCAGAGUGCUUGAAGAAAAGGUGUUUGUUUGAAGACCCGUCCUUCCCAGCAGAUGUGAGAUCCAUAGGCACAGGACCAUUGCUCCAGAAACUGCCCCAAAAGAUACGGUGGAAGAGGCCACAUGAGCUGCACAAGAAUCCAAUCUUUUAUUCUACCAACAAAAAAAGGCUUGCUCUAUGUCAAGGACUGAUAGAGAACUGCUGGUUUUUGGCUGCGGUGGAAGCUUUAACAUUUCAUGAAGACAUUUUGUUUAAUGUGGUACCACAAAACCAGAGCUUUGAGAGGAAGAAAUAUGCUGGAAUAUUUCAUUUCAAGUUCUGGCAUUUUGGAGAAUGGAUUGACGUUGUAGUAGAUGAUCGACUACCAGUAAAUGAAGCUGGUCAGCUUGUUUUUCUCUCUUCUGUUUAUAAGAACUUAUUCUGGGGAGCUCUUCUGGAAAAAGCUUAUGCCAAGCUGUAUGGUUCUUAUGAAGAUCUACAGAUUGGGCAAGUGUCAGAAGCUCUGGUAGAUUUCACAGGGGGAGUUAAUAUGACAAUAAAGUUGGCUGAUGCACCACCUGAUCUCUGGGACAUCUUGACAAGAGCAACCUACAGCAGCUCGCUCAUGGGGUGCCAGACUCAUGCAGGGCCAACAAGGGUCCUAGCAAAUGGCUUAGUGGCUGGUCACGCCUAUGGUGUGACUGGCAUUCGAAAGGUGACAUGCAAACAUGGACCUGAAAAUUUAGUAAGGCUAAGAAAUCCCUGGGGAAAAGUUGAGUGGAAAGGGGAUUGGAGUGACAGCUCUGGAAAAUGGGAGCUGCUCAGCCCCAAAGAGAAGAUUUUGCUACGAAGAAAUUCCGAUGAUGGAGAAUUCUGGAUGUCACUGGAAGACUUGAAAAUUCAUUUUGUGGAUCUGAUGAUCUGUAAAUUGACUCCUGAUCUCAUGAGUCAGGAAGAUGGGAAGAAGUGGAUGUGCUCUAUGCAUUUUGGCAAAUGGAUCAAAGGAAGCACAGCAGGUGGCAGAUUGAAGAACUUCAGAGGCUCUUUUUGGAUGAAUCCCCAAUACUUGUUGAAAGUAUUGCAAGGCAACGGAAGCAAAAGAUCUUUAUACGCCUGCAGCGUGUUGGUGUCGCUGAUCCAAAAACAUAGUGGCAAACAUCGGAAUCGGGUCCCUCAUUUGCACAUAGGCUUAUCACUCUAUAAGGUAAAGAGAAUUUCCUGUGAUAAUAAUAAAAAGCUGCCUCCUUCUUUCUUCAUCUGGAAUGCACCUUUGGGUCAGUCGCUCUUUGUGAAUGAUCGGGAAGUGACUCAGGAUUUCCGCCUCCCUCCUGGGACUUAUGUGGUGGUUCCCUCUACCUUGGAACCUCAUCAGGAGUCAGAGUUCAUUUUGCGAAUCUUCUCCAGAAAGCACAGUUUGCGUGAAUUGGGUGGAGACUCAAGCUGUGUCGUUUCAAAGGAAAUAGUUGAUAAACACGAAGAUUGUGAAGAAUUCUUCUCUAAGUACUUUGAUCAAUAUCCUGAAAUAAACGCAGUGCAGCUGCAAAGGAUCCUAAACAGCAUGGCAUGGACAAGUAUGUCUGAUCAUCAAAAUUAUGGGAUGAGAUUUAGCCUGGAUGCCUGCCGUAGUAUCUUGGCCCUCUUAGAUCUUAACAGUACUGGAACCUUGAGCAUUCAAGAAUUCAGAUUUCUCUGGAAGAAGCUGCUCCUUUACCAGGAAGUUUUCCAGAGAAAAGAUACCCAUCAAUUAGGAACUUUGGAUCAGUCAGAAUUGCGUGUUGCUAUGCAAGAAACAGGAAUCUCACUUAGCAAUGAACUUUGCAAGCUGUUGACAGUCCGGUAUGGAAAUCCUGAUCGAAAGAUCACAUUUGAGAACUUUGCCUGCUUCAUGCUACGUGUGGAACUCAUGAUGGAAGCCUUUUAUAAUAUGAGUAAAGAUGGCAAAGGUAUCUACCUUCUAGAGUCUGAGUGGAUGAUGAUGACACUAUAUUCAUGAAACAGUAAAAGAGAAGAACUCAGUUGAGCUACAUUGGCCGUUCAGACCAGGAAGCCAAAAUCAUUAAUGCUAAUGCGACUUUUAUUAUAAGAUUACCCUAACAGAAUUUUGCAAGUCUGAAUGUGCAAGUCUUCCUUUCCUGCUCUUAUGUUCCAGAGAAUUAUGGAACACAAUUAUGAGGUGCUUACUCAAAUUACAUUCCUGUUUUGGACUCAGAUUUUAUUGAUCAGACCAUUUGUCUAGGCUGUAGCUCUUCCUCCUGUCUCUCAAACUUCUUUUCACAGCCCAUUACAAGAGUGAAGGCAGCUUCUUAUUGAGUGUUUGUGUAUGGUGCUUGAAGCUCAGGCUUAUCUUUCUUGUAAAAUUCAAAAGUGUUUCAUGCAUCAUAAAGCAAUCUGUUAAGGAUUGCUUGUGGAUUUAAAAUACUUCGAAAGUAUUAUAUGACUUUGUUCAUGGGGGUUUAUUUUUAAAAGUAAGUAAAAAAAAGUAAAAAUCUGGGUUACAGAGCAACUACUUGGGCAGCAGCUUGGAUUGACUAUCAGGUUAAGCCAUAAAUCAUUUUAAAACUUUUUUUUGCAAAUCUGCAGUUAGAUCACAAUGGCUACACUUAUAUAUUCAUAGUAGCAAGGGGCAAACUAGCACAAAGCGAUCUAAAUGGCCUCAUAGCAAUUUUUCUCAAGAACCAUCAUUAUCCAAUUUGUUUGAGGCUUAAGAAUGGUUUUGGUGGCUGUUUUCCCCCUCUUCUUCCAGUGGUACUGCUGGUUUGUAGCAAAAUUGCAAAACUAUCUCUCUCUUCAACCCAUUGCAGCUUUCCUUAAUUUAAGUAUUAAUUUCAUUUUAAAUUUACGUUUAUAUACAUUUGUAUUUAUAAUUUCAUCAUAUUUAUAUUUUGAUAGUAUUUAAUACUUUUGUAUUUCGUAUUUGUUAUUUGUUAUUUUUAAUAGAAAAAGAAGAAAAAAUAAUAGUAAAAAUGAGAUAUUUGACUGUGAAUAUUAACAUGGUCUGCAAAGUUUGGAUAGCUGAAUCACUGUGAAAUCUUACAAAAUGCCAUAUCUUGUCCUUGCUUUCAGUCACAUCUUUGAGUGUUAAGGCUCCAUUUUGAGGCUAGAGUUAAGUAGCUGGACUACUUAAGAUUUGUACAGCUGUUUUAUUUAUGGCUUUGAUAAAUUUACAGUUAAUUUAUAGUUACCUAUCUAAAGUUUAUGAGUCUCUGUGUGAUAUAAAUGUAAAAGAAUCUAUGCAAUUUUCAAAUUGAUGGCAGAGCAGAAAAUAUACAGCAUUCUUAUCCUACAAAAAAGCUCUGUAAAUCCAUAAAUUUCUGAUAGAAUCAGGGAUAAAUUGUCAUUCGGUUGUACCUGAUUGCACUUGUUGCAUUUCUCACAGGAUCAGGGGCUAAUUUUAACUGUAAAGAAAACUAUGUAGUUGUAUGCAACUAGAUAAUGAGAAAACUUUAUAAAGAUUAAACAAAUAAAUAAAACUUAAGUGACAGAAAUGUUAGCAAUUUUGUUACGUUAGAACUUUAUUGUGAAAGACAAAAUUUUAACUGUAUUUUUUAUGUUUUAAAUGAACACACAUUUGAAAUGGCUACUACAAAUGUAAUGCAGAAUAUUGUUCCUGGAUUCUUUUAUGUAUCAGUUUUUAUAUGUGUUAUAUAAAUUUAAAUCUACCCUUUUAUACACGAAGUCUCUUUAACAUAUAUUUUAAUUGUGACAAUAUCAACAAAACAAUUGAUUAUGAGAUUGCUACAUAUAAUGUAUUUUCUCUGUAUGUCAAUAAGGUUUUUUUUUUUUACAACAUUUAAAACAGCCCUGAGCGGUGCUUUCAAACUAUGAAGAGGCACUUUGC